AUGGCACACGAAUACGCCAACUUGUUAUCCAAAUAUGACAACAAAGGAGAGCUGGGAGCCCCUGAGGCAAGUUAGUCAUUUUUACAGUUUAUUAUCUUUAGUCAGGAGUUACCUUGCAUGUCUUUGUCGUCUUUUUGUUAUUUGUCGUCUUUUAAUUUAUAAUAACGCACACAUUCAUUUAUGCAACUAACAAAUAAAUUUUAGUUCUUCGACACAGACGAGGAAAGUGACAGUAAGAUAAAGACCAUGGCCGAAUGGAUUCAGUUAGCCAAAUGUGUUUUAGUCAUUACUGGAGCAGGAAUAAGGUAUUCUCAAUACUUUUUUGCUGAUGUUUAUUUUAUUUUUUAAUUUAUUUUGAAGAAACUUUAUUUACAGCACUUCAGCUGGAAUUGCUGACUUUAGGGGACCUAAAGGCAUCUGGACGCUGGAGAAGGAAGAGAAAUCACUUGAAGAUGUAGACGAGUUUCUGGGUUCCUUUGAAGAUGCGAGACCUACACUAACUCACGAUGCUCUGAGAAUCUUGGAACAAAACGGAAAGAUUGCCUAUCUGAUAUCACAAAAUGUAGACGGACUUCAUUCACGGUACGGGUUUCCGCUGGAUCGGCUGUCAGAGAUUCAUGGUAACGUGUUCCAGAAAAGGUGUAAUCGAUGCAAUAGGUAAGAGCUUGAAGUUGUAAUUAUCAUCGUAUGACGCGCUACUAAAUAAUUACAACUUUAUGUUGUUAAAUUUGUAACAUUCAAUUACUAGUUACGAUACAAGGAUUUUAAGCAAGUUACGUUAGAUGUACAGAUUUACUAGUAUUUUACCAUCAUCAGUCACAUUUUCAGAGUCGAGUUCAAUACUGUUCCCUUGAAGUCUGUAGGGAGAAAUAUGAUAGGGGAGAAGUGUCUAUCGAUUCCUAAGCCUAGAAACAGAUGUACUGGAGACUUCUGUGACUUUCUCUUAGAUUGGGACGAUGAACUUCCAGAACCCGACUACAGUAGAGCUUUGAAGGUAGCUAGCUCAGUAGAUCUGGUGAUCUGUCUAGGGACGUCGCUACAAAUAGAACCCAUCGGAAGUCUACCUUUGAAAUGCAAAAAGAAAAACGCCAAAAUUGUUACAGUAAACCUACAGAAGACUCGAAUUGUAGGUUAUCAACUAAUUUUCGAUGUUUCUAAAUUGCAUGCCGUCUAAAAAUGAUAUCUUAUUACAGGAAAAGAAGGUUGACCUUCCAAUACAUCGUAGAGUUGAUGAAGUAAUGUGCCAGCUUCUCAAUCUUCUAGAUCUCCCCAUUAAUCGAAGCACCAAUGUAAAUAUUGUACAGAACUCUUCUAGCAAAUUGAUCUCAGACACUCCGAAGAAACGAAAACGGGUGUCAAAUAUGGAUAACAUUUAA